AGAAACAGACACACAAGGAGAGGGGUUUCAUUUUCUGCCCAAAGCUUCGUUCAGGCACAGCCCAUUCUGGAGGAGAGGGGGACUCGCUGCUCUGUACUUCGCCGUGUCCAUGUUGUUGUCAUCUCCGCCCCUAUCUGAUUAAACCACAGAGCCUGCCGGUCCACCACGCCGUCAGAGGAGAGGGAUUUUUUUUUCCGGUCGCAGAUUCCUGAGCGGAGCAGUGGAGACUCGGUUUUACGCUUCUGUUUUCCUCAUGAUGUCCCUUAAAAACAAACAGUGACCCGCUUCGAGCCAAUGUUUCCGCGACUGGUGCGCUCUGCACACGCGUGGGUCAUGCACUGCACCUGACAGCCCCUUCUGCAGACUUUUGAGUUUAGACUUUUUUUUUUUUAUUCCAGGAGGAAAACUUAGCAUCGCGCCCAAGAAGUUGUUCACUGCUUGUUCACCGCGGACUCUUCCCACACGGACUGUGUUACACCAACAUCUAAAUCCUUGAUUGUUUUUUUCUUUUUGUCAUUUAAGCUGCAUCACCGAGGCGAAACGGCGACCUCAGUCGAUUACCUUUCUUUCCUUUGCUAUCCCAUGGAUAUUCACUGCAAAGCAGACCCCUUCUCAGCGAUGCACCGGCACGGCGGUGUGAACCAGCUCGGCGGGGUGUUUGUGAACGGCAGACCCCUUCCCGACGUGGUGAGGCAGCGGAUCGUGGAGCUGGCCCACCAGGGCGUCCGGCCCUGCGACAUCUCCAGACAGCUACGGGUCAGUCACGGCUGUGUCAGCAAAAUCCUCGGCAGCUAUCAGAAGGCAUUUCAGAGGUACUAUGAAACCGGCAGUAUUAAACCCGGGGUUAUUGGUGGCUCCAAACCAAAGGUUGCAACUCCAAAAGUGGUGGACAAAAUUGCAGAAUAUAAACGGCAGAAUCCAACCAUGUUCGCUUGGGAAAUAAGGGACCGACUACUGGCUGAGGGCGUCUGCGACAAUGACACGGUUCCCAGCGUUUCAUCCAUCAACAGGAUUAUCCGCACCAAAGUCCAGCAGCAAUUCCACCCAUCCCCUGAUGGAUCUGUUACACCACUCUCCACGCCCGGCCAUACCAUAGUGCCCAGCACAGCCUCCCCUCCUGUGACCAGUGCCUCCAACAAUCCCGUAGGAUCCUACUCCAUCAACGGCAUUCUGGGUAUCCCCCGCUCCAAUGGUGAGAAGAGGAAACGAGACGAUGUUCUCUGGAGUGGCAACCACUUGGAUGGGAGGAAAAUAGGACAUUAUGGCUCUGAUGGUUCGGGCCCCGGCAGCGACUCUCAGGGCAGUGUGGAAAGUUUAAGAAAGCACCUGCGGGCGGAUGCCUUCACCCAGCAGCAGCUGGAGGCCCUCGACCGUGUGUUUGAAAGGCCUUCUUAUCCUGAUGUCUUCCCCACCUCAGAACACAUUAAACCCGAGCAGGCGAAUGAGUACACUCUCCCGUCCCUGAACACUGGCCUGGAAGAUGUGAAGCCGAGCCUCUCCACCAGUGCCAGCUCUGACCUCGCCUCUAGCGUCUCCCAGAGCUACUCUGUUGUGACAGGUCGAGAUAUGGCUAGUACCACCUUACCUGGCUACCCACCUCAUGUCCCCCCCACAGGACAAGGCAGCUACCCCACAUCCACACUUGCUGGAAUGGUUCCCGGAGGGGAUUUUUCUGGCAACCCCUACUCUCAUCCACAAUACACAACUUACAACGAAGCCUGGCGGUUCAGCAAUCCAGCGUUAUUAAGUUCCCCUUAUUAUUAUAGUGCCGCAUCCCGUGGCUCCGCACCUCCCACUGCUGCCACUGCCUACGACCGCCACUAGUUACACCAGAGACCAGCUCAAACUGCAGGGCCAGAGCUUCGGCCUCCAUAUUGUCCCUGUCUGAGAAACACUGAGGUCAAAGGGAAGCGAGGUGGAAUCCUAAAUGAAACCCCCGUCAGCAAGUGCGUUGUGAAGGAAGGAUGGCCGAGGUCGACGCAGAUGCACCCAGCUUCAGCGUCUCACACACACUUUGGGUCAAAAGGGCCCAGGGGCAUUCAGAACUCACCUGUCAUGCCCUUAUUCUCUCACAGGCCUGAGCGUUUCCAGAAUGACUUUAAGAGAUUAUAUAAAUAUAUAUAUUAUAACAUAUAAAUUGAAGAAAAACAGUGUGAAGAAAACCAUGUGGAAAAAAUGUCGUGGGUUUUUAAUUUUUGUUUCUUUGCUGUUGUUGUUGUUGUUGUUGUUAUUUUAUUCAUGGAUCGUCACAUUCCUUUAUGUAAUGAACUGCAGUAUUUUUCUGCUCUGAAGACAGACGUCCAGGGGGAGAUGACAGUGGUCCUAUAGCGUAACAAUGUAGCGAAUUAAACCAGUGUUGUGGGCCCCUCUGACCAUUAACGAGAUCCUGGCUCCAUAAUGUAGAGCGGGCUUUACUCUGGUGCUUUGAUGAACUUUUCUGCUCCCAUUUCUCUGAUAACACUUAAAUUAUAAGACGAACACAGCAUGCCCUGCAGCGUUUACUGACCCUGGCGACAUCGCGCUCCCCGUGGCAAACAAUCAGAUGUAAAAAUGUAAAUCAUUUUGCAAAGUAUUAACAAUGUGGUGACCGUGAACUUAAAAUGGUCUUGCCAGAAUUUGAAAUACUUUAAAUUAUAUUUUCUGUUACAUUUUUUUUAAUAUAAACAACGAUUUUUCAGAACGGCUGUCACAUUUCCCUCAUGUCCAUGUACGUGCGCAGUGUCAUCCUUUGCUCUCUUUUUUUUUGCACUAUAACCUCAGCUUUUUUCUCUUUUUUUUGUGGUACAUUCACCUACAAUUAACCAUUUUAUAAGCAUAAGUUGAAAAUAUAUAUGUUGCAUUCUUAGAAAACCACAAAGCUAACAAGCUAACAGACCCGUUUGCGUAUGAACAUCUUUUUUCCAAGUAAAAAUGAAGCCAUAACUCUUUGGCUACAUGAGCAAAUCCUUUCAGUUCAACUGUAUCUCAUUCAGCUACUUAGUCAUGCCAAUAGAUGCCUACACAGUUUAGAAAGCUGCGUGCAGUUGUGCAAACUGACUGCAAAUUAGCUUCAACAAUUGCCUUACAGACCAGUUUUUUUAAAACAUAAAUUCAUGCCUGUUAAUUGAAAUUAAUUGCCUUUAAAAACACAGACUCACCACCCUCCACGAAGUUAGGUUCCACUCUCCGUAGGGGCUGAAAGGAAAUACUGACUCAUUUUAAGUUUUGGAAAAUAUUUUGUGAAUGUACUCUUAACUACAUUUGCCAAAGACUUAGUUUGAUAUUUAAUAUUUUAUUUACAGUAUAUGUAUGCAUAAAUAAAGCAGUAUUAUCUUUUAAAUAAGUCAACACUGAACAUGUAUGUCAUGGCAUUUCAGCUGGUGAACAUCAUGCUGCAUUUGUAGUGCGAAAGGAGAACUUCAGUGAUCUAAUAUUCCACUAACUGCAAUGAAAUGCUGCUUUAUAGAAGGAUUUGUGAAUAAUGUGAAGACAAUUCUCUGUAAAUAUAUUGUCACUCACACACACACGCGCACACACACACACACACACACACACAGACACAAACACACCAUCGCAGUAUCAUACUAAUGUACUGGUUCCCUUUGUAGAUAUACAGACUGAAAAAAAACAUGCAUUACAUUUGUGUCUAAAUGUAAUGUUGUGCUCUGAGGAAUGGCACAACAGCUGUUUAACCUAUGGCUACAUCAAUAGCAGGUUCCAGAUGCUAACAUCACAUGGGUUGUCUUUGUCAUUUUAUUUUAUUUUCAUGAUAUUGUCAUGAUGAUGUUUUAUGUCACUAUGCAAUGAGUUCAAUGGCUUUCUGUAUCAUCUUUUGUUGUAUAGAAUAAGUUAUCCCCAUUGAGAACAGCAUAAAAGCUGCAAAAGUACAACAGACCUCCAGUGUGACAUAAUUAUUCUCUAGUUUUUACGUUUGCUCCGCAAAUUCCCUGAAAUUAAGAUGCGAUCAAACUGAUGUCCUUGGCAACAAUCAAAGAUAUUGUCCUGUUUGCUAUUUGUAGAUGUCGUGCUCAUUAUGUUACUCCAAAUUACAGUGAUCUGUGCCUCGAUGUAAAGAAACACGCCCAUACUUCUUCCCCUCCACUCUCUCAACUCUGCUGCUGACAGUUUAGCAGAAGGCAUCAAAAAAAUAACUUUUAUUUUAUUUAAUUCCAUACAAGCUAAUGCAUCUUCUGGUACCAGGGUUAAGUGUCAUUGCUGAGGGCACCAGAUAACAGAGAAAUAGACUGCAGUUCUGCUCUUCAAGAGAAGCUAUCCUCUACAAAUUGCACUUGGGAUUUUAACUAUUUCUGUCUACUUGCAUCUGAGAGUGAAACACUGGUGCAGAGUGCAUGCCACCAUCAUUCAAGCAAAAUCUUUGCUUUAUGAAGUGGAGCACCUUUGCAGGAAUGGGCCCUGUGCCGUUGUAAAGAUGAUACAGGAGAUGUGGCAUGGACAUAAAAAGGAUUUCUGAUGAAAAUCUAUAUGGAAAGCCUUGUGGCCUCAAUCAUUGUUUCAGUUCUGUUCCAAUUCUUUUUGUGCACAUGAGAAAUAAAUUCUUUUAUAUGUCUGUCGUUGACUCGG